CGCGCGCCUCCUCCAUCAGCUGAUGUAAAUAAUUAUGUUUGGUCGGAAGUGUUUCUGUUUCGUUGGAACAUGAGGGGAAUCAGCUUUUUCUGCACUUAUCGGAAGGACAACGUCAACAUUUAACGAAAAAAUAUCAGACGAUGGAAAGUCACAGUCAAGGUCGACCAUGGGGGAAACUGGUCAAAGUGGACUCCAUUGAAACUGAAGUGCUGCUUUUUAACAGGGAAUGCACUGUCGGGCGUAAAAAAGGAUGUGAUCUAUCCUUUCCAGCCAACAAAUUGGUCUCAGGGGAACACUGCAAGAUUGUACAAGAUGAAAGCAUGGGGUUGGUGUGGCUUGAAGACAUGAGCACAAAUGGCACGGUGAUUAAUAUGUCCAAACUUGUCAAGAAACAGAGGCACAUGCUGCAAAAUGGUGACGUCAUCUACUUUGUAUUCAGAAAAAAUGAACCAGAACAAAACAUUGCAUAUGUUUACCGCUCAAUCACAGCACAGGAAGGUACUUCUCCAGAUAGCUAUGGUAAGUACUCCGGUAAUUCAUCAUGCAGUAUCCAGUCUUUACUGUAAUUCCACAGCUACAGUGUCAUGGAAAAAGUACCAUGGAUU